GGUCUCCUAUCUUCUCUUAGCUGUCAGCAGGGAAUAAGAGCAUCACUAACUCAGCCAGAGAUGACACCAGUUACUCGACAAGAAGUUCUUGGCCUUUACCGCAAGAUAUUCCGAAUAGCCAAAAACUGGCAAUCUGCAUCUGGACAGAUAGAAGAAACUAUUAAAGAGAAACAGUACAUUAGAAGUGAAGCCAGAACGUUAUUCCAAAAAAACAAAAAUGUAACAGAUGCAGAAAUGAUUAAACAAUGUAUAGAAGAAUGUGAGGCAAGAAUAGAAAUCGGACUUCACUAUAACAUCCCCUACCCAAGACCUAUUCAUCUGCCUCCUAUGGGUCUUGCCUCUAAACAAGGCCGUGCAUUUCGACACCAGGAAAAGCUGAGGAAGUUUUCUAAGCCAAUAUACCUGAAAUCCCAUGAUGAUAUUUCAUAACCCAUCAGCUAAGCUGUGAUGCGUUUGGACUCUAAUCCUGCAGCUUUUUUUUGUACAACUGUGAAUGAAGCUGUUUUGGUCAUAUAGUCACACAUUUC